GAAGGGGAUAAGCCGUGGGACACGUGGCGGGAGGGGCUCGACUGGUUUAAAUCUCUCUCUUUCUAUCGCGCAGGUGGCCAUGGAGGAGACGGCGGAGGCAGAGGCGGCGCCGCCGACGUUCCUGCGGGGAGGGGAUGGGGAGGAGGCGUCGGUGCGUGCGCGGUUCGAGCGCACGGUCUGGCGGGUGCGGCGGAGGCGUGCGCGGCGCUGGAGGCUGUCGAGGAGGCCGGCGGGUUCGGCGCCGCGCGGUUCAGGGAGGACGCGUGGACGCGGCCGGGCGGCGGCGUGCUGCAGGGCGGGGUGCGUGUUCGAGAAGGCCGCCGUGAACGUCUCCGUCGUGUACGGGGUCAUGCCCCCCGAGGCGUACCGCGCGGCGAGGCCGGCCGACGCCGUGGGAGAGGAGAAGGCCGGCCUGGUGCCCUUCUUCGCCGCCGGCGUCAGCUCGAGUGUGCAGACUCAGUUAUUCCUGCGUACAUCCCCAUCGUAGAACGUCGGAAAGACACCCUAUUUACAGAGGAGCACAGGUCAUGGCAGCAGCUACGAAGAGGUCGCUAUGUGGAGUUCAACCUUGUGUAUGACCGUGGCACCACAUUUGGCCUAAAGACUGGAGGAAGGAUUGAGAGUAUACUUGUUUCUCUGCCCCUGACUCCACGAUGGGAAUAUGAUCAUAAAGUAAACGUGGGGACUGAACAAUGGAAACUUCUUGACGCAUGCGUAAAUCCAAGGGAUUGGAUCUGAUUUGGUGUCGUUUAUUUGCAGAGUGCAGUUUGUAUCGAAUCAUUCCUUUACUGUAGAUUUUGUGGAAUAAUUCUUCUGUACCUAUUUCAUCGACAGGAAGGAAAUAUAAGGCGUAACACUAUUCCAUUUUCUAUUUCUUUAUUCUACUCCAUCUGGAUGUAACAGAA